CAUCUCUAUAACUCUUCACCCACUUCAAAUCUCUCUCUCUCUUUCUCUCAAUCUAACAGACUCAUGUUGGCAAAGAAGAUGGUUUCCUUCAAGAAAUUGGCAAAGAAGGCCAAGAAGAUGGGCGAUGGGACGGACCGUGAGCAAUCACCGCACCACGAGUUCCUGCUCGGCGAGUUCGAGGAAGGAACGUCCUCGUCCCCGAAGACGCCCGACGGCUUCUUCGCGGUCUACGUGGGGGACGAGCACCAGAGGUUCGUGGUGCCCACGAGCUUCCUCUCGCACCCUCUUUUCAAAAUCCUGCUAGAGAAGGCGUCCAACGAGUUCGGAUUCGAGCAGCGGGAAAGGCUGGUGGUUCCAUGCAGCGUGUCCACAUUCCAAGAGGUGUUGCGUGCUAUCGAGGGCUGCAACGGGAGGUUCGACUUUGGGAAACUGGGGGAGGAGCUCAUAUAGCAUAUGGUUGAUGAAACUACCGGAUGUUGAACAAAGAGAUUUUGCAUUAAAAAGGUGUUUCUGUGAGGAAGUUCGAACGUUUCUGGGUCGAAUUAACAUGAUCUUGAUUCCCCCUUUUUCUUGGUUUAAGAGUGUCAUGAACAUACUCGAAAGGGAUCAUAUGUGAUCUAGCAUCAGCUCCCACCAUGAAAUCAACUCAUGGUCGAGCUCAAAUUGUGAAGGAAUGGGAAAGCUUCGAUAUCUUAGGAUAGUCAUAUUUUUUUCAAGUAGUGUGAGUGGUAUACCUUCUCUCCAUCCACGAAUCCUUCAGGUCACUGUACGAUAUAACGAGAAGAAAAA